AUGUCACCGUCGCCGUCGACUUCCACCGGAAAAAGCAGUAAAAUCCGCCGCAUUGUGCGGCUCCGAGAAAUGCUUCUCCGGUGGAGAAAGAAAGCCAAAUUAGCAACAACCUACGAUGUGCCGGAAGGACACGUGGCGAUUUGCGUGGGUCCUACCAUGAGGAGGUUCGUCGUUCGCGCUAGUUACUUGAAUCACCCGAUCUUCAAGAAGCUUCUGAUGCAGGCGGAGGAGGAGUACGGUUUUUGUAACCAUGGACCGCUUGCGAUACCCUGUGAUGAGUUUGUGUUUGAAGAGCUUCUUCGGGUUAUGGCUCGACCCGAACCUAGAUUAUCGACGCUUGAGGAUUUUCAGAGACGCUGCCACGUGGAUGUGAGAAAUAGUAGUAAAAGUGGUUUUGAGUUUGUAGGAGAAUCGAGACCUUUGCUUCAUGAUGAUCUAAUUUGCUGA